AGUUGAUCAAGAAGAUUGGCAGCCUGAUGCCAGAAGGGCGCAUCGGCCAGCCCGACGAGGUGGCACAAGCCGUCCUUUUCCUCUUGACGCCAGCGUCAAACUGGGUCAAGGGACAGCUGCUUCGCAUUAAUGGCGCACAGACGCUGUAAAGCCGGCACGCCGUGUGGUUUUGUCAAUGACCAAUCUAUCUGGGUCCUUUCCGAUUUCCCUCUUUGCGAAAAUUUUAAAUUUUUUGGUUCACUCCACUGCAUCUUCCUGACCAUUCCUGUUCGGUCGAAAGGUAAAAGUGUGGCGGAGGAUGGAAGAGGGUCCGUCGCUGAGCAGCGCCCCUUCCUACGCUGGGGCGUGGACGAAGCUCGUCGGAAAAGGGCGCCAGGGCGGGCGGCUGCUUGAGCCAUGGCUGGAGACGCACAUCGUCUCGACGAUGGGCUUUGCCCAAAUGACGCCGGUCCAGGCCAGCACCAUUCCUCAGUUCCUCUCUCAUCGAGACGUCAUCGUGGAGGCGGUCACGGGCUCCGGCAAGACGCUGGCAUACGUCAUCCCGACUCUGCAGAUGCUCAUUCGGAGGACACGGAAACGGUCGUACAGGAAGGGUCAGGUGGGCGCUCUCGUCAUCUGUCCGACACGAGAGCUGGCGCAGCAGGUCCAUGGCGUCGUCAGUGACUUUUUGGCAUUGCAACCAGGGGCAAAGCCAGAGCCGAUGAUUUCUGGUGCUCUCCUGGCCAUCGGAGGGACCAAAUCGUCGCCAGCACACGAUUACAAGCGAUUCAAAGACGAAGGUGCAGACAUCAUCAUCGGAACACCGGGAAGGGUGCAAGAGCUCCUCGAGAGGCCUGGCGUUGAUGUCAAGGAGCUCGAGGUGUUGGUCCUUGACGAGGCCGAUCGCCUGCUGGACCUGGGAUUCGCACCUCAAGUCACCUCCAUUCUUCGAAUGCUGCCCAAGCAGCGCCGGACAGGCCUCUUUUCGGCCACGAUGACCGACGGCCUCACCGAGCUGGCUCGCGUCGGCCUGCGCAAUCCUGUCCGCGUCGUUGUCAAGGUCGAGUCGCGCAACAUCGCCUCUUCCAGUAGCAGCAACGACAAAAGGAUGCCUGCAUCUCUGCAGAACUUCUAUCUCGUGUCCAGAACACAGGACAAGCUGGCUCAGCUCUUGCGGCUCCUGACUCGUGAGGCUUCGACUUCCAAUGGCGGACAGCCAGCGAUGAGGAAGGCAAUCGUCUACUUUGCGACAUGCGCCCAGGUCAACUACUUCUACAAGAUCCUCACUCGCUUACAGGAAGAGGAUCCAGACAGCUGCCCACUGCCGUCGAGCCUCAGGUUGUACUCGCUACACGGCAAGCAAACGCCCGCUCGCCGUACCGCCACUUUCGAAGCAUUUGUCAAUGCCAACCCCGUCGGCUCUUCCCCCCCCUCCUCUUUUUCAGCCGGAUCGCAAGAGGCUGCCUCGAUCCUCUUUUGCACCGACGUGGCCGCUCGCGGCCUGGACCUGCCCGAUGUGGACCUGGUCGUCCAGUUCGAUGCGCCGACGGACCCAAAGAGCUUUUCGCACCGAUGUGGCAGGACUGCGCGCGCGGGCCGGCACGGCAAGGCCAUCGUGCUCCUCAGCGCUGGCCGAGAGGAGGAGUACGUGGCCUUUUUGAAGGUGCGCAAGUGCCCCGUCCGCUUUCAUCCUGCGUUGCUCGAAGACGGACAAGCAGCAGCAGCAGCAGCAGCAGAUGCAACCGCCGGAGCAAAGGAGGAGGGUCAGGAGGAGCAGCCGCUGGGAGAGGAUGAGGGUGCGACUCAUCUGACGCAGAGUAUGCAAAGGGCCAUCCGCGCCGAUCGAGACUUGUACGACUGGUCGAUGCGUGCCUUUGUCUCGUUUGUGCGCUCGUACGGCAAGCAUGAAGCCAGCUUUAUUUUCCGACCGCAAGACCUGGACCUUGCUGCACUCUCCAGGGCCUUUGGCCUGCUGAGGCUGCCGAGGAUGCCAGAGACGCGCGGGCUGACCGACGGGCAGGAGGAAGUCGACCUCUCGACGCUGGCAUACAAGGACGAGAAGCGGGAGAAGCAGCGGCUGGAGUCGCUGCAAAGGGAGCAAAAGGAGGCGGAGGAACGGGGCAAGGGACAGGAGCUGACGAGGAAGAAGAAGAUGCGAGGGGCAAAGGCGUCGGAGGAGGCUUGGAGCGACCAGAAGAAGAGAAAGGAGAGGAAAGAGGAGAGGAAGGAGAAGAAGAUCAAGAGGAGAAAGGCCAUCAGGGCCGCUGCAAUCGCGCAGCCGACAGAGUCAGGAGAAGAAGCAAACGAGAAAGCAGUGGCAGAAGGCCAGGAAGAAGAGGACGAUUGGAUUGCGGAAGAAAGAGAGACAAAGCGGCAAAAGAAGCAGGCAGAGGGCCACUUCUCCAACGUCGACUUUGAAGGCUUAUGA